UUAAGGCUCAGAUUUAGGAUAUGAAGUACACCCAUACUCUAGAUAGAUUCGCAUGCGUUAGUGUAAGCGCAGCUCCCUUUCCCAUCUUUGUUUAGUUUCUGUAACGGUAAGACAAACCGACCCUAACUAACGUUAGCUAACCUAGAGCAAGUGCUUGUUGCAUUCAGCCGGUGAGAGGAGGCGCUUGAUCGCGGAUCGGGGUCGCGAGUGGCCGGCCGGUGCAGAGCCGAGGGCGGCCGAUGACUUCGGAGAGUAGCAGCCAAGCACAACAGAAGGAGGUCGUCGAGCCAGGAUCAGUCGCCCGAGAUCAAGAGGAGAAAACCGGCGAGGAGCACGGCGGCAUGGUGACCACCAAGGGGGCCGGUCUGAAUCCCAAUGCUAAAGUGUGGCAGGAAGUGUCUGCACCAACCACCCAGGCUCCGGAGGCAGCCACAGAGACGUGCCAUUGGCCACAAGGAGAAACUGUCUCUACUGAGGAGUCAGAGGGUUUCAAGGAGUAUGUUGUUGGCUAUGGUGACUCUGAGUCAGCCCCUCCUAUGGAGAGCAGCAUGUUGAAUGGCAUUGAGUCAGCAGAACUGGCUUACCCACUCUACGAACCAGUGGAGGGUGAGACCGUCGAGGAGCAGCCUCCACUGUCCGAAGAGAGUCUAAAGGAGUCGUUGAAGAAGCAGCUAGAAUUUUGCUUCUCAAGGGAGAAUCUCUCCAAAGACCUUUACCUGAUAUCUCAAAUGGACAGUGAUCAGUUUGUCCCUAUUUGGACCAUUGCGAACAUGGAGGGGGUCAAACUGCUGACUACUGAUAUGGACCUUAUACUUGAGGUGCUACGAGCCUCUCCCAUGGUGCAGGUGGAUGAGAAGGGCGAGAAAGUACGGCCAAACCACAAGAGAUGCAUCAUCAUCCUCAGAGAAGUCCCUGAGACCACACCUGUUGAGGAGGUGGAGGCACUUUUUAAAAGUGAGAAGUGUCCGCAGGUCAUCAGCGUGGAGUUUGCGCACAAUAACAACUGGUACAUCACAUUCCAGUCUGACACUGAUGCUCAACAGGCUUACAGAUACUUGCGUGAGGAAGUCAAAACCUUUCAGGGCAAACCAAUUAUGGCUCGCAUCAAGGCCAUUAACACGUUCUUUGCUAAGAACGGUUAUGGGGCUGUUGACUCUGGAGUGUACUCCACUCCAUCACAGUACUCGUCUCCAGUUUACCUGCAGCAGGUGUACCAGCCUCCGCAGCAGUACCCUCUCUACAGCCUUCUGCCACAGACGUGGACCCCUUCACCCACCCCUUAUUUUGAAACGCCACUGGCUCCAUUUCCCAACAGUACAUUUGUUAAUGGCUUUGGCACAGCAGGAAACUACAAAACUGGCUCGUCUCCAAUCAGCCUUACACGCAACUACUCCCGCAACCGACUUCCACUUUAUUCCAGAAAGAAUGUAAUCAAUGCCUUCAGGAAUCAUGUAAAGCCACAGCCUCGUGCUGAUGCGAGUCAGCUGACGGAGACUUCGUCCGGUGCCGGUAGUCCUCAGCCCCCAUGCACCCCCACUUCAGACACCAUUGCCUCCACCCUCACCCCGCUCUCUGAACCGCCAGUUUCCCCCAGAGAGAACCACCUCUCCGAACUCUGCAUCAGCAGCCGGGCCAGGAGAGGAAGCUAUCGUGGCAUGAGGAGGAGAAGAGAAGAUGAAAGGAUGAGGCAGAAUCCUGAAUCAGAGGUGAAAACUCCGCCUCCAAAGUUUGACCUCGCAACCACUAACUUCCCGCCUUUACCAGGAGGUGUGCCGAGUUGUCUGCCAGGUGUGACCAUGCAAACGGAGUCUGUGUUGGAAAAUCGCAUGGCAGAUGUAGUUAAGGGCAUCAGCAGGGAAAAGCCUGAAACAAAUAAGCAAGAUGUCAGUCAAGAUGUCAGUCAAGAUCCCAGAACAUGUCAAGUGGAGGCCCAGUCGACCGGACUCUCCCCUCCAGCGCCAAAGCUUCCCGCCACAAAACAGGACACGCCUACCACUAGUGCGUCACAUCAAGUGAAGAAACCAGAGAAAGAGGUUCAGACCUCUGACACGCCUCCAGAGCCUGCAUCAGUGACAGCAUCAGUGACCACACACCACCACCACCACCACGUCCAGCCCAUUUCCGCCCCAAAACCUUUGCGCAGCCAAUCAACCUCAAGCACUGAAACCUCAUCUACUCCACCUCUGCCAUCAAUCACAUCUUUACAGGAGCCUCGGAAGCUGAGCUAUGCGGAGGUGUGUCAGAGGCCACCCAAAGACCCUCCCCCUGCACCAGUAGCCCCGCCCAGCCCCAGUCCCACCCCUUCUCCCACCACAAACCAACCUCUACGUGAACUUCGAGUCAACAAAGCGGAAGGCCCAGCUUCAUCCCGCUGCAGCCCCGGUGAGAAAAUGGAGAAGGGAAGCGAGAGUCGGACGUCCAGAGAGCAGACUGGCUACCAACGUGGUAAUGGUCCCAGAGGGUCAGCCUUUAAGCUCAGAGAGCAACAGAGACGACCUCCACAGGGUCGGCGCUCCUCGCCACAGUCGGGGUACAACAGACGCAGUGGAAAAGAACAAAACAUCCCACCCAGAUCGCCAAAUUAAUGCCUCUUAUGCCCACGACACAUGCACAAUCGCGUGUAUACUUCGAUACACAUCUUAUACAUAAAGCAAGAGUAUAUAAAUCUAUAUAUAUAUCUAUAUAAAAUCUACAUAUGAAAACUGGACUGUCGCACUGUGGUGUCGAAGAAUCCUCUGCCUCCCGAAUGACUUGAAAUCUGGGAAGUUGAUUCUUAAAAAUACAGAAGAAAACUAGGAAUUUAAGGAAGAUGAAAAAAAACCUCUUACACUUGAACUGAGAAAUGGAGGCCAUGCUUCCUGUGUUGUCUGAUUUACAGCGAUUAAUUAGCUUGUAAAUGAGUUUUGAUUUUACUUGGAGUGUUUAAGGUCCUGGCACUAGUGUACAAUGUUGUACAUUUUAUUUUAUUAUUAUCUAUAAAUGAUAGUUCUGUUGGUGAGAAAUCAAGCACAUGUUGUUUGUAUGCAACAGAUCACACAAAGACAGCAUUAUAUCGCCCCCACUGGUCCAUAUUUCACCUUUGUGUGAGUUUGUGCACUGGCUGUGGGAAAAUUUGAUUCAGAUGUGAUGCUCUCCCAAAUAAUUCUGUAA